AUGUCCGAGCAAUUUUAAGGUAGGUCCUCCCAUGGAUAAUUGGAAAGGAAAUUCGAACCGGCUAUCGAGAACCCAAAGCCUACCCAACAAACUAGAAAUAUAAAUGUGACAGGGGUAAAUAGGGAUUCCAAAACUAUUCAUUAUCCAAAAUAACCUAAGGUAUUUAACUUGAGUUCAUUUAGCAGAUAUAAAUAAUCAAGGUUCCAUAAAGAUGUGGAAGUAAUUAAACUGUGUGUUCAGUUUAAGGAUUUAGUACAUUAACAUAUGAUGAUAUUAGACCAAAAGAGAAAGAGGAAAGUGUAAUAAAUAAAAUAAUGAGACUAUUUACUCGGGAAGUUGAUCCUUGUAAAUGCUUGCCUUAUUAAAAUAAUACUUGCAUCAAGGCUAAGGAGUGGUUAGGAAACUACGACACUGAAAAAUUAAAGUCCAAAUAUUCUAAUUUAUUGGAAAGUAAGUGUGAACCAAAGAUCAUCAAACAAAUAAAUCUUGAUGUUGAAAGAACUCAUCCACUUAAGAAUUACCCCUAAAAAUUAUCUGAUUUACAAUAGGUUUUGAUUGCAUAUUCCAAAUACAACAAAAUUGUUGGUUACAUGUAAGGAAUGAACUUUGUUGCUGCUGGAUUGAUUUAUCAUUCUGACAAUUACGUUGCCUUUGAAUUACUCAGAAAACUCAUUGAUUAACUAUAAAUGAAUGACCUUUAUUCGCCUAUGUAAGUUUAUAUAAUAGUAGGUCUCCUGGUUUAUCGAAACAUAUCUAAUUGAUUGAUUAUCUCAUCCUAACCAAGAUGCCAGACUUAUACUAACAUUUCUGUAUCAACGGUGUGAAAGUGGACAUGUUUUGUGCCUCGUGGUUAUUUUCACUAUUUGGAAUGAUGAUCCCAAUCCAGAAACAAGUGAAAUUGUUCGAUUGUAUCUUCAGGUAUGGUUGGACAUACAUCUAUCAAUUGAUUAUUGGUUUCCUCCUUUAUCAUUAAGAGAUUUUGAUGAGUGAAGAUAUGACUGGAAUUAUCUGCAUUCUUAGCCAAUAGAAUUACAGAAUCGAUGAUAAUGAGUUGGAGGUGGAUUGGGAUGAGUUGCUUGAUGCUUCCCUUAAUGUCAAAAUCAGCAAGACAUUUAUAUAAGAAAUGCAUAUGAGAUUUGAUACUAAGAUUUAGACAUUUAAAAUAUGAG